UUUAUGUUCAUUCCGCCAUUUCUUUUUAUUUAUUACUAUUUCUAUUUUAUUUUUCCUCGCUCAGCCUAAUCUGUCCCCCUCUCCCCCUCCAAACUCCAAUCCUGACAUUACCAAGCCGCACUGAGAGCAUCGGGGGCGUUGUGUGGACUGCGUCGGGGAAAGUGACCAUGGCUUUUACCACCUUAGAGAUAUUGGUGUGUGUGUGUGUGUGUCCAUCUAUCCUAACCUGAGCUAACUUCUCUCACCCACACACAUGUAACGUUCCUUUUUAUUAUUUCUGUGUUUCUUUGAGUCUCCCCAAUAAUUGUUUUCUUUUGUAGCUUGCGGUGAAGAGGAGGAUAAUAGCGGUAAUUAAAGGUUUAGUGAUUAUAUGAAAAAGUAUAUUUAUAAGGCGUGUAUUCGUGGGAGUGAUUUAAAAGUCUUGAAACAUUUAUUAUAAAUAGUCUUACUUAUUUCAACUGUGGUUUUCUCUAAUCAGUGGUAAUACGAAUAAUAGGAUUACAUCAUGUUGCGUCAGCCUACCAGUAACUCAUAAGGUGUCAUUCCCUAGCUUAUAAAAUAUGUUAGUAAUUUAGAAUUCAAUUAUUAACUUCAACUAAUGUCCAGCCUAUAUGCUCACCUUGCUAGCCAAUUAUUCCUGCAUUUUUAUUUAAACUCACGGUUCAGUAAAAUUAUUUGUGAAAGAAGAGAGAGAGAGAACUAGCUAAGGUUCCAAUAACUUCAGAGGCCUGUGGGUGUUGAGGGAGAGAGCAUAGAAUGGCGUCUCCCUUCCCUCUGGCAACAGGUGGGUCUCGUAGCUCUGAAAUAUUUGAUUUUUCUUUUAUUUAGAAGUGAAUAUUACUGUGUUCAUGUUUAUUAUUCAUGUCUCUAGUGAAGAUAAUUAUAGUGACUGUACGUGUUGACAGAAUGGCGUCUCCCUUCCCUCUGGCAACAGAAUGGCGUCUCCCUUCCCUCUGGCAACAGAUAAAAUUGCUGGUGUUGGUCCCACGUGGAGACAGGCCACAGAGUCUUGGGAAAGUGUUAGCCAUGUAAUGUUUCUUUAGUCAAAUAUAGUCUACUGUGAAUGUGUUGUGGGCAAUAUUAUGGCCGUAGAGAAGUGAUGGAUGAAGGCUGUGACGCUAUUUAGGGAUAUAACGGUGCCCAGAAUCAAUGGUACUCUUGAGGAGUUAUAAAAGUAAUUAUUUUCUUGUGUAUUCGUAGUGUUAAGUAACGGAGUAUAAGUGUAUAUGCCAUACCAGAAUUUCAAGUGCCUUUUCUUUUUUUUUCUAGAUUAACCACUCGAUAAAGUGUCAUAGUGGGUCAGUCAAUCCAAAGAAUCCCAUCAGUAUUAUUCAUUUAAUUUAAUUUAACAACAUUUCUACAUUAAUAACAGGAGAUACACCAUUGAAAACCCUGAUAAUCAUCUUUAUAGCUUUGAAAAACAGUCGUGAGGAGAGAGAGAGAGAGAGAGUAUGAGCAUUUCAGUUGAGCCUAUUCUGCCCUGGUUUGUGUUUGCUGCGGUGACACGGUGCCGCACUGAGUGAAGAUUGCGUUCAUAAUCACUUAUUUGGGGUGGAGUGGGGAAAGGAGAGUCAGGAAGUGAGGAUAUUUAUAUUAUUUGACAUAUUAUUUGAUAACAUGUCAACUUUUGUGUGUGUGUGUGUGUGUGUGUGUGUGCGCGGGGGUGGGUGUUGGAUCAGUGACAGGUGGCGCUGCUGGGGAGUUACCACUGCGAGCGGCUGGCUGGCUGCAGUGUUUUGGUCAGCACUGGUCAGGCUUGCCCCACACGCUCUAUUAACCAGUGUUUCCGUCUUCCCGACACCUUCUUCCUGCACCAAGCACCGUCAAGCAUCACCAGAGAGGCACGAGUACGUAAGCUAUCCAACAUCAGAACAGUAUAUGAAUAUGGCAAAUGCUGUUUUGACAUCAUUUCCUGCCAUCCUGAGAAACAGUGAUCUCGAGGAGCAUGAAAUGCAGCUGCAAUGGAAAUUGCGCAUCCAGUGCAAGUUUCAGAAUUCAAGAAAGAGGCAGGAUUCCUCAGUGACUGAGGUGACGUCAAGGAAAAAGAAGAUCCCUUGCAUAGCGCCAAAAGAGACUACAUGUCCACUGAUGUAUGGAGUAAAGGCUAACCUUUCACCAAGGCUUCAUUCAGAAGAUGAUGAGUCAUUAGAGAGACAUAGACAGUGGCUUGCUCUACACUGGAUGAAGAAAGAUCCUGAGUUAGAUAAGAUAAUCAAGGAGUUCCUGAGAUUAGAACCACAAGCGGAUGAACCAGACCCAAGAGUAGCAGUUUUGAAAGGGCUGGAGAAAUAUAGGCUCCUAAUAAUUGCCAUUCUCAAAAAAAGAAAAGCAGUUCCUCUGUAUAUGGAAACCUUACUUGAACUCUAUGACCACGAUGAAAGUCAAUAUGCUUGCUUAGUUAUAUUGGGGUUACUUCACCUGCUUGGAGAAAGGAAAGAUUCCAUUUUUACUAAGAUAUUUUUCCUGUAUCUGAGUUGGGCAAGCCAGCCCAGCUCAGUGCCGGUCACAAGCCCGGAUAAAUGGGGAGUGUUGCUGACAGGUCUAGUCAACCGAGCGUCAAAAACAAGACCAAACAUAAAUAAUGAACCUUAGGAAUACCUGUAUACUGGUAAUUUUUAUGUAUAGCAGGGAUGGACUAUUAUCUUGUCUGUUAAAUUUAGAAACACCAUUGUAGAGAUUGAAUGCUCCAAUAAAGUGUUCAGUGCAAAUUUAA